AUGGGUAUCCCAAAGGUUAUCGAUAUAAACUACACUGAAGGAUCUGGUGAUAGAAAGUGGAGUAGUACAAAUUUUCCAUGGACUAAGGAACUUGAGUGCAUAUUCAGGCCAAGAAUAGAAAUAAGUUUGGAAUCUAUUGCACUUGUCUCACUCAUCCAAGACCAGAUCAUGCACUUGUCACAGGCAAAUAUUCCUGCAACUUAUUUGAGUGGCAACUUGGACUGGUCUGAACAGCAAGAGAUAAUGAGAGAUUUAAAGUCAUGCCGCUACAAGUUGCUGUACGUCACUCCAGAGAAAAUAGCGAGGAGCUUCAAGGAUACAGAAGCAGUGGAAGGUAUAAUACCACUGGCAUUUCUGAUGGAAACACUGGUGGGUACAAUUCUUCUCCCAACCCAUAUGGUGCAGGCAACUACGGUGCAGCCAACUACAAUACAGGAUGUUGCAGGCUUAGGUGUUCUAAAACAAAACUUCCCCAAGACACCAGUCCUGGCCUUGACUGCAACAGCAACUGCUAGGGUUAAGGAAGAUGUUGUGCAAGCUUUAGCCCUUAAAAACUGCAUUGUUUUCAAACAAAGUUUUAAUCGUCCAAAACUGAGGUAUUACUUAAGACCCAAGACAAAGAAAUGCGUUAAGGACAUUGAUAUGUUUAUCCGCAAAAAUCAUUCUGAAGAAUGUGGCAUUAUAUAUUGCCUUUCAAAAAUGGAUUGUCAAAAAGUGGCAGAAAAACAAAGGGCUAUUUCUCGAAACUAUAAGCUGUUCAUUGUUCGUAUGGAUAUUUAA